AUGGACAAUGCACCACAACAAGACCAACCGCAGCAAGACUCCACCGGGUCCCUGGACGGGAAGCCCCAAGGGAUCAUUGUCCUGACUGAAAACCUCAAGAAGCCUGAGGCCCAAGAUCAACAACCAGAGGCGGCGACCAAUCCGACCCCGGAGCCCGCAAAGUUGGACCGCCCUGGCCAGGAAGAGAAAGAAGACGAAGCUACCAGUUCACCGGCGCCCUGUAUCGACUUUGUCACCCUUGGAAUGUUUAUUAUCGACGACAUCGACUUUGCACCACCAAAGACUGCCGUCAAGGACAUUCUCGGGGGGGCUGGCUCAUAUUCGGCCCUGGGCGCCCGCCUUUUCUCGCCACCACCCAAGUCUUCUACUGUGGGUUGGAUUGUUGACAAGGGCAAUGAUUUUCCGGCAUCAGCGGCGGAUAUCAUCGACAGCUGGGGCACAUCGGUUGUCAUCCGUGAGGACACUGAGCGCCUCACCACCCGAGGCUGGAAUGGUUAUGUUGGAACUUCGGAGCAGCGGUCCUUUAAAUACAUGACGGCUAAAAAGCGUCUCACGGCUGAGGACCUGACACCAAAUCUCCUUCAGGCAAGGGCUUUCCAUCUCAUCUGCUCCCCCCUUCGUUGCCAGCAACUUGUCGCCGACAUCUCAGCACGUCGCAAGGCAGCAAAUCCCGACAACUACACUAGACCAAUAUACAUUUGGGAGCCAGUGCCGGACCUCUGCACCCCAGACGAGUUACUUAACUGCACAAACACCUUGCCAGUUGUGGAUAUAUGCAGCCCCAACCACUCCGAGCUUGCCGGAUUCAUGGGAGAUGAUGGCCUAGACCCGGAAACUGGUGAAAUUUCCACAGUUUCCGUUGAGCGGGCCUGCGAACAACUGCUUGCUAGUAUGCCCCUCCAGUCCUUCACGCUGGUAGUGCGUGUCGGGGAGAAAGGGUGCUACAUAGCAAAGAACGGCGGGAGGAAGCGGCAACGUGACCCUGCAUCCUCCACCAAGCGACGCAAGAAAAAUUACGUCAGAGGUGGUCUACAGCCAGAUACUGACAUGGAGGCGCUCUUCGCUGGCCUCCUCCAGGACGACGAUGGCCUGGUUGCCCGCGAAGAGAUUGAAGUCGAUCCCGGCAUUGAACGGUGGCUUCCCGCCUACCAUCAGAACGCAUCCAAGGUCGUUGAUCCGACAGGAGGUGGCAACACCUUUCUGGGCGGCUUGGCUGUAGCUCUGGCCAGAGGACAUGGUGUUGAGGAGGCCGCCGCAUGGGGCACGGUCGCGGCUAGCUUUGCUAUUGAGCAAAUUGGCGUCCGAUUUUGGAGGCAGGAGAGGAAAACAACGAUGAGAAAUGGAACGGAGAAAGUAUCCAGGAGCGACUGA